UUCCCCGUGAUUCGAAGGCAACGUUUUUCAUCUCUUGCUCAAAUUUACAACCAUCCAAGACGCGAUGACAACUCAUCCUGAAGUUCUAUGGGCUCAACGUAGCAGUGAUUCUGUCGCUGACAAGAACAUCGUUUGGUUGACCGUGAACGUGCCAGACAUUGACGAGAAAAGUCUCCAAUAUGAACUGACGUCUACCGAGAUUUCUUUCAAAGCAACGUCGACAACCGACAAGAAAGCAUAUGCGUUCUCGCUCCCGCUAUUUGAUGAAGUAGACACAGAAGCAUCUCUGAGCAAAUUGAGCUCGCGGUCUUUCGCGGUGGUGUUACGAAAGAAGGCUCUCAAGGCUGAGUACUGGCCACGACUAACAAAGGAAAAGAUGAAGCUGCCAUUUGUCAAGACUGAUUUCAGCAAAUGGGUCGAUGAAGACGAGCAAGAUGGCGCCCCUUUGGAAGAAGAUAUCGGCGGCAUGGGAGACAUGGGUGGUAUGGGCGGCAUGGGAGACAUGGGCAUGGGCGGUAUGGGUGGCAUGGGAGGUAUGGGUGGUAUGGGUGGCAUGGGCGGUAUGGGUGGUAUGGGCGGUAUGGACUUCAGCAAGAUGAUGGCUUCCAUGGGCGGAGCUGCAGGUGCCGGCCCAUCGGGAGAUGAGCCCGCUGACUCUGAUUCUGAUGAUGAUGGCCCACCCGCUCUCGAGGAUGCUGAACCCAGUGCAUGACCGAUAGAGUAGCCCCUAAAAACAGAAAACCUGUACGCUGUAGAUGCGAUCCCGUUGAUUGUUAUUGCCAAUGAAUCUGCUUAUUGCACUAUCA